CAUGAUUUGCAAAUCAUUGUAUUAGGUUUUUAUUUAUGUUUAACACAACGUCCAAACUUCAUUGGAAUUGGGGUUAUAUAUACUACUACAUGAAUACAACCUCAGAAGUACAUCCAUGCAACCUCAAUGCUACUCAUGGCUGCUAGUACUGAAAAGUACAACAUCAAUACUACAUACCGGUACAUACUAAUUAGUUACGACCACAUACACCCUAACUAAUGCAUCACCACUACAUUCCUACUUCAUCAGUACAACAUCACUACGACCACCCUACCAUAUUUAUACCUCAUCCAUACUACAUGACUACCACAAAACUAUUACAAAGCCGCUACACUACUACUACAAUACAAGUUGAGGCUUCUACAUGAAUGAAAGCCCAAUACUACAUAAUACUGCUCUAUAACUACGACAUGAAUACUACUCAUGGUCACGACAUCAGUGCGGUCGUGGCUGCUUUUCCCCACAAAAAUGCGUGUGCGCCUGCGUUCUUGUGGGUGUGCGCAGAGAAGUGUAACUUCCUGGGUGUCAGCGUGCUUGGGGAAAGUCCGGAUGACGUCGGCGCCGUGUACGUCGGCGGCGUGUACGUCGGAUCCGUCGCGGAGGACGGCGCAGCGGCGGCCGACGGACGCGUGAGCGCGGGGGACGUCUUGAUACGGGUGAACGAGGUGAGCCUGGAGAAGGUGAGCGGCUCGAUGGCCGUGCAGGUCCUCAGAGAUGCUGUCAAGAAGCCAGGCCCGCUGACCCUGACGCUGUUGAAGUUUUGGGACCCGAAGCCCACUGGCGUUUUCAUGUUGCCGAGAGGUGAGCCGGUGCGUCCCAUCGACCCCGCCUCCUGGGUUUGGCACACGGCCGCCAUGACGGGGAAGCUCCCCCCACCUUACGGCGAAGAUGAGCAUCUGAGCGUGGACAGCGACAUGGCGACGGUCGUCAAGGCGAUGAUGAAGUCUGAUUCGGGCGUGGCAGUGCGGGACCGGAUGUGGAUCAAGAUCGUCAUCCCCGACGCUUUCACAGGUAGCGACGCCGUCCGCUGGCUCCGUCGGAACCUGGUGGGCGUGGCCAAGCGCGCAGACGCUCUCCGUUACGCUGCCGAGCUGCUCGAGCGUCGAUUCAUCCGACACGCUGUCAACGCACAAACGCACAAACGAUUCGCACAGCAGCGAUAUUACGUCGUGGGAGACCUCACCAAGAUGGCUCCAACGGACCAUCGUGAUGGGCGAGGGCGAGGAGCCGACCUCUGUACGACAUCUUCAGGGGACUGUCUUGACCACGGGGACCAGUCUGAUCAGAAGGACCAUCUUGACCGCACACUGACUAGUUUGACCACAAUGGACCAGUCUGACCAUUGGGACCGGUUUGACCAUAGAGACCAUUCUGACCACAGGAACUAGUUUUACCAAAAAGGACCGUGCUGACCACAAGAGACUAUUCUGACUACAGGGACCAGUUUUACCGCAGGGGACCAUUCUGACCACAGGGACCAGGUCAACCGCAAGGGACUAUUCUGACCACAAAGGACAACUUUGAGCACAAGGACAUUUGGGACUAAUCUGACCUUAAAUUGCUAUCAUGUUCCAUAAUAAUGUCCUUUUGUCUCUGCACAAGCAAAUUUUCCCCAUGGCUCCAUGUUUUUCUGUUGUCAUGUAGUUUUCUGUUUCCUGUUUGUCCACACGUGUUAAAUACAUGAAUACACACUGUGUUUAUAUAUGGAGCAGAUUGUGUGUGUGUGUGUGUGUGUGGCUCAACUCAAAAAGUUGUCAUUACACUUUAAGCCAUGAAACAACAACUGUAUUUACUUGAGUUCAUUUUCACCAAAUACGGCGUGGUCUCGAUGACACGUGAACACUGAAGGAUGGACGGACGGAUACACGGGCCAGGUUUUAAUGUGACUCAUGGGCACCUCGCACGUGCGAGUCGUGUGUCUGUCUCGUUCACUCU